AUGCCCAAACAUAAGAAACCGCGCCAGACUGCCCUCUUCGACAUCAGAAUCACCUCCCUUGAUAGCGAUGUGUUGGUACUGAAGGGCCCACCUUCGGAAGCCCCAUCUGCAAUGCUGUCAGGUGUGGUGGUGCUGUCUGUGCUGGAACCCAUGGCUAUCAAGAGAUUGAACCUCAAGCUAUAUGCAAACCUGAAGUUGCGAUGGACUGAAUCAUUUCAGGGAAGCCGCGGAAUCGUGUCACGUCCGAUGAGAUAUAACCGCAGAAUGUUUGAUUUUGAAUGGGAUCCGCUGAAUCUGGCUGACUACUUUCGGGGUUCCGCAAAUUCAAUGUUCGAUGGAACCAUGCCCAGUUUGACUACCGGCAAAAUCUCUCGCUCCAACAACUCGUCAUCGGCUUCGCUGAACAAUCUGGCUAAGCGCUCAAAGUCUUCAACUAGCAUGGCUUCGUUUGCCAACCUUUCUUCGCUUGGAGGUGGCUCGAAAACGGACAGCUAUAUUCUUCAGAAGGGUAACUACGAGUUCCCAUUCUCUACGAUCCUCGAGGGCUCCAUUCCAGAGUCUAUCGAGGGUUUACCAGGAUGUUCUUUGGUGUAUAAGAUGCAGGCAGUUAUUGAGAGAGACCGUUCUCAUCCAUCUCUUCUCACUACAAAACACAUCCGUGUUGUGAGAACGCUUUCUUCCGAUGCUCCGGAACUUUCCGAAAGUGUUGCUGUUGACAACACAUGGCCCAAGAAGGUGGAUUAUUCCAUCAGCGUUCCUACUCGUGCCUCGGCUAUUGGCUCAAGAUGCAACAUUGAACUGUUGAUGGUGCCAUUGCUCAAAGGCCUUCGAUUAGGAAACGUCAAGAUUCAACUUGUGGAGCUUUACAGUUACUGUGGAACUCUUGGUUCUCACACCGCAGAGAGGACUGUUCAGGAGAAGGUUCUCAAAAGAGUUACCAAUAAUGACGAUGGAAAGGACAUUUGGACCGAAGUUGAGCCCAAUAUCGAUGGACAGUUUUUCAACAACGGCGAGAUUUCGCUGUCUAUGGACAAAUGGCAGGUAAACACAUUUCUGCAGCUUUUGCCCUCUUUGGCAGUCCAAACUCAGGAUUGUGACGUUGAGAACUUUGUAAAAGUCAGACACAAGCUUAAGUUUGGAAUUGGCCUGGUCAAUCCGGACGGUCACGUCUCUGAACUAAGGGCAACGCUGCCUGUUUCGCUAUUUGUGAGUCCUUUCGUGGCAGUAGUCGCCAAACAUGAUGUCGAGGAAGAGUCUGGAAAGGUUGUCAACGUGGAAGACGUUACUGUGGCCAUUGACCAAGAUGAGGACAUUUUGUUUUCUGCGGAUCAUGAUUUUUCCGCAUCAUCCGAGAAUAUUGGCUCCGCAGUUAACACCCAAGACCUCAUGGCUCCUCCAAAUUACCAGGAUCACAUCUACGACAGACUUUGGAGCGAAGUGCAAUCUCCAGUGGAUUCGCCCACCAAUUCGGGAUCUGCGACUCCAACAGUCCUUGAGAAUCUGUCGACUUCUUUGCCAAACGGCAGUUCUGCGUCAUUGGCUAUUGCUGCACACAAACUCAGAGGUGUUGCUCAUGUUGGAGAAUUCAACAUGUCGCCAGCAGAUUCUUCCCGGUUCAGCAGUCAGCUUUUGGAGAAUUUAACACGACUUCAUUCACAGAGAGAAGGUAGUUCUUCUGCCAGUCUUGAAAGAAGCGCAAGAACUCCGAACCGUCCAACUUUUAGUCUCAGCGACGAUCAAGAAGUUGACUACUUCUCUUACGGAGGAAGCUCCUCCAGUGACCAUCAUGCACAACAACAGCAAUCGACUCAGCCCCAGAUUGGCGGCUUUAGCAUGUCGCGGGGAAGCACUCCUGGUGCAAGUUUACCACCUCCCUUAAUGUCUCCCAAUAUCUAUUCGCCAGUCCAACAUCUCUCGCGCGUCAAUUCAACCGCAAACUUUGGAGACACUAGCACAGGAACUCACUCUCCAUCUCACUGGGAUACCACUACUCUUUCUCGUGUUCCCUCCUACAACGCGGCGCUCAAGUCGUCUUCUGCAAACCCAGUUAAUGAGCUCACUCCGUCUUAUGAACCAGGCCCACAGCAACUCAACAUCGAUUAUCUCGAUCACAAGCUGAGACAGACUCAGUUGGACGAGGAUCGCGCCGCACACGCCUCGACUUCUCCAGUUAGACAAUCUAUUAAUCGUGGAGCUCUGAUUGGAACGCAAACGGGAAGUUCUAGAACCCGCGAGUCACACAUUCUCAGUGCAGACCUCGCCAAAUCUAGAGGAUCGUCUUCAAACUCGUCGCCAGCCAUUUCUAGAAACCAAUCGACCUCCAACGUGCUUGCGAUGUCGAUGUCUAUGACCAAAGUUGUGCCAACCUCUAAGAAGUCUGCUAGCGCCUCUACCUCUCAUAGUUCUUCUGCCUCUCCACACUUGACAGCACAAGACGGUUCUGAGACUGAAUCGACUGCUGGAUUGCCGCUACUGGCUUCAAGUGACUCGAGAACUACGUUUUCGAGUACCCAAACUACCGAGAAUAACAUGGUUCUUCCAAAAGCAGCUCACAUCCAUUCGCCAACCAGUAUGACCCCAAUUGGGUACACAGAGGCACCAAGACUGACAUCCCAGAAGACAUCCGGUUCAAUAAGUUCGGCCAACCCCAAGCUUAGGCCGGUUCUUGGUUCAAAACACAGUUUUUCGUCGCCCAAGAAGACAGGCAGUUUCGCGAGCUUGAGUCAUCUUUUGCAUCGAAAAGAGGGUAAUAAGUGA